AUUUAUAAUUACUUUUUUUUUCCUUUUUGUCCUGUUUUGUGAUAAGUUGUUUUUAAAAGGAUUGUCCUACGUGGUUGUUUUGUAACUGGUGGAGGAAGGAAGGAUCCCUCUCAAGCGUUUCUGAUAUGACAGCUUUGGUUUCUGAAGAGUUAAGUGGUGUUUGCGUGAUACACCUAUUGCUAGUCUGGUAGCAGACUUUUCAUCGUUUUAUUUGCUUUUUUUAUUAACUGGGGCUGGUGGAGAGGGCUCUGUUGGCCAGAAGAAUAUUUGCACAUAUAUAUUUGUAUACAUUUUUGGUGGGGUUCUCCCCACAUUUUACUCUUUCUUGAUGACUCCUGGCGGUGGUAGUGGGCCCAUGAAAGACUGUGAAUACAGUCAGAUCAGCACACACAGCUCUUCGUCUCCCAUGGAGUCUCCCCAUAAGAAAAAGAAAUCAGUUCCCAAGAGAAAAUGGGAAGUUUUUCCUGGAAGAAACAAAUUCUUCUGCAAUGGGAGGAUCAUGAUGGCUCGACAGACUGGAGUCUUCUACCUGACUCUUGUUCUCAUCUUGGUCACCAGCGGACUCUUCUUUGCAUUUGAUUGCCCAUAUUUGUCGGAGAAGAUUACGCCUGCUAUACCUGCAAUUGGUGGGAUUCUUUUCUUUUUCGUGAUGGGGACCCUGCUGCGCACUAGUUUCAGUGAUCCUGGUGUCCUCCCCCGCGCAACACCAGAUGAGGCAGCAGAUCUAGAGAGACAAAUAGGUAACACUGAAGAUAUAGCAAAUGGCUCCAGUUCAGGAGGAUAUCGCCCCCCUCCCAGAACAAAAGAAGUGAUCAUCAAUGGACAGACAGUGAAACUAAAAUAUUGUUUUACUUGCAAGAUUUUCCGCCCACCUCGUGCCUCACAUUGCAGCCUUUGUGAUAACUGCGUAGAACGGUUUGAUCACCACUGUCCCUGGGUAGGCAACUGUGUGGGGAAAAGAAACUACAGAUUUUUUUAUAUGUUUAUUUUAUCUCUGUCCUUUCUGACAGUCUUUAUAUUUGCAUUCGUUAUCACCCACGUCAUCCUUCGUUCUCAACAAACAGGGUUCCUCAAUGCUCUGAAGGACAGUCCUGCAAGUGUGCUGGAAGCUGUGGUGUGUUUUUUCUCAGUAUGGUCCAUUGUUGGCCUCUCAGGUUUUCAUACGUAUUUGAUCAGCUCCAAUCAAACAACAAAUGAAGAUAUUAAAGGAUCAUGGUCAAAUAAAAGAGGUAAAGAAAACUAUAAUCCCUACAGUUAUGGCAACAUCUUUACUAAUUGCUGUGCUGCUCUCUGUGGGCCCCUCUCUCCAAGCUUAAUUGACAGAAGAGGAUUUAUACAGCCGGAUACACCGCAAUUAGCAGGACCAUCAAAUGGCAUUACCAUGUACGGGGCCACACAGUCUCAGAGCAACAUGUGUGACCAAGAUCAGUGCAUUCAGAGCACUAAAUUCGUUUUGCAGGCUGCUGCCACCCCCCUCCUACAGAGUGAGCCAAGCAUAACUAGUGAAGAGCUCCCUUUACCAGGAAAGACUUCUAUCAGUGGCCCUUGUGCAACUCUGACUCUAGGGCAGCCGACACCACCAUCUUCUAUGCCAAAUCUCACCUCAGAUUCAGGUUUGACAGACAUCAUACCACUAAAAGAGGAGCACGAAGGCCAUCAGUUUCUCACUCCUGAAGAAGCUCCAUCACCCCCUGGGAUGCUGCCAAGUGGAAGUCCUAUUACACACAGCCAUACAAUGCACGUCCUGAGUCUGGCCAGCCAGGACUCACUGCAUGAAGACUCAGUGCGUGGUCUCGUAAAGCUUAGCUCAGUCUGAACAGCUUUUCUGAACAUCACACCAUUUCCUGGUGGCUAUACAAAUCUGUGCUUAACAGGAAUGACACUGCAGUACCACUGUAAGGCUUCGUAACUUGCCUGUAAUGGAAACAUUAUCACUUAAUGGAAUCUACUAAAAGGACAAGUUGGUUUUUUUUUUCAGUGGAGCUAUGGCAUUUUUUUGACCAGGUUGUUAAUGGUUGUGCUUUGAUGGUGACUGAAUUUUACUUUCAAAUAAAACCAGAAAAGGUCAAUAAUCUUGUUUCCUGAAGCUUGGGUACAGCAAGUUGGAAGUCUGUAACAAACACCAUGUACAGUACAAAAGAGAGGGAUUCUUGGAUGUAAGUGUCAUGCUCUGUGUUCUAUGCUCUUGUAAUACACACUUGUUAUGGCUUACCACACCUGUGGCCAGAAUGAUCUGCACUUACAGAUUGUUAUGCUGUUAUGCUACCAAUAUUUGAGAUAGAAAAUUACCAUUCCAUUUGUUAUACAAAACAAAAGACUGCAGAUGUGGAUUUGCAUGCCACGCUACAGUAUGUGUUACAGUGGUGUUGGUAUUAAGAGAAAGUGCUGCUUUUUUAUUUGUGACUUUCAAAGUGCUGUUUUAUUUAAAGACAGUACAACAAACAAAUUAAUGGACUAUAUUUUUUCAAUUUAUUAAAUUUUAUUUUAAAUUAAUCAGUGGUGCCUAGAAGACGACGAAUUACUGAUUUGAUCAUGUUGCAUAUCAUUUAACCUUCUGUUUAAGUGUUUAAGUGAGGUAUUGUGUUGUGCCAUACCACCAGAUUCUUCCACUCCCUAAUGUGAUACGAUUACCUGUGGACCCCCAAUAAAAUGACAUCCUCUAUUUCGUGGACGUGUACAGUUAUCCUUGCACAGUUUUCAUGGGGAAAGAGGGGGAAAUCAUGACUUGUUGGCAUGGUUUAUUAAGAUUUGACUGGAAUAUGUGUACAUGAUAAAACUAGAGCUAUGGAGGAAUGACAGGUUACGAUUUGGAUUGCUUCACCUUUUUUUAUGGUUUUGUUUGAGCUGUGCAUUUGUUCCCAUAGGAGGUCUUUAUUUGGAACCAGUAGAAUUAACCUCUUCUUGCACUGUAAUUCAGUGUGACUGGAAGGUGAGGGGCUUAAGA